CACAAUAUAAGAACAAUCGAAAUUAGUCAACAAAUCAGUACGGGGAAAUUUAAAUACUUAUUACUGAAUGUCUGAUACUGUGUUGACAGACUAUUGUGUUCAUAUUAGUAUACUUUGAUAACAAAGUAGACCGGUAUAACUAGACCCCGCUCGCUCUACCGUUAAACAUGUCUAAAUAAUAAUUUGAUAAUAAUAUCCAGUUUAUAUGCCCACUACGUCGGGCUCUGUUUGAGUAAAUGUAAUAGUUAUAUGUACAACAAUUAAUAGCGCAUUUAUUGCUCGAAGCUUAAAGUUUAAUUUUGCCUGCUGUUUCCGUGCAACACGUGGUGAUUAACCGCGAAUCUUAGCCCAAUAAAAAUAGUUUAUAAGUACGGUAUAGUCAUCUCAUACGAUACCUACUUCAAAUGAAGGCGUAGGCGUCGAAUAAGUGUUUUAUGUGAAUUUAAACUCUAACCAUAAAAACAUAAGAGUGUAACCGACUGUAUUACAUUAGAAUAGCACAUUGAGUCACCGUUCGCGUUGUAGUUUCAUUCAGAAUGUCAGUGUGAUCCGAACUGCGUUAAGCGCAGCGCUGGCUAAAGCCAUGUCAAAUACCAAUGUUUUAAGAUCUUGUUUAUAAUAAGUCAGUACUGUGAUAUAUAUUCGUAUAUAUUAAAAUACGCACUACUUACUUUUGUUUUUAUUAGAUAAUGUGUAAAACACAAAACUGUUGUGAUGUUUGUUGUUAUUGAGCUACGAAUAAGUGUGAAGUGUUGAAAAUAGUAUUUUUACCAUUGGAUUGCCUGGAUUACUGCAUAAACAUUGAAAAGGCGUGUUUGCCAAAAGACAUCAUGUCAAGCUCAAAGCCAUACGUCAUCAUCACAGAGCAGCCUGCAGGCAAGUCGCAGAGGUUUCGCUAUUUAAGCGAGGUGGACGGCGCUCGUUCCGUCGGGUCGAUCCCGGGCGUGAGCAGCACGUCGGAGCGCCGGACAUACCCCACAAUACGCGUCCACGGUCACAAUGGGCCGUUCGUGGUGCUGCUGUCGCUGCUCAAUCCUCACAACAACUUAGUUCACCCCCACAGCAUCACGGGAUCGGAUCCGCGAUACACAUGCAGGCAUGGCGUGGUCUUCGUUAUCUCAGACGAACCUGAAGUAGUCUUCAAAAAUAUAGGAAUUCUGUGUGUUAAGGGGAAGACCGAGAAAGACGUUAAAUCGGCGUUAAAAAGUCGCAAGGAGAUGAAUAUCGACCCUUUUGGAGCCGGAUUCUCGCACAUAUAUGACCAUCGCCAAAUCAACUUCACGGCAGUCCGUCUCUGCUUCCAAGUGUUUCUGCCGGGACCGAACUGGACUCCGGCCGACCGUAUGGAUUUACUUAAAUACGACAGGGGUCUAGCUCCUGUCGCGUCGGACGUUGUAUACGACGCGAAGAAACUAAAUGACCUCAAGAUCGUCCACAUUACGAGCCAUGCUGGGCCCCUAACGGGAGGGGCUGAAAUGACUUUGCUUUGUGACAAGUACACAGGACAGAACCCGGACGUGGUGUUCGAUGACGGACGAGGGUGGUCGCACACUGCCACAGCCAAGAUUUACCAUAAGCAGCUGGCGAUCGUGUUCACGGCUCCCCCCUACCGGGAAGAGCGAGACCCCAGAAGCCCCGACUAUCUUCAGGUGCAAGUGUACCUGCAGCAGUGUAGCGAACGCGGCGUGCUGCGGAGUCAGCCCGCCACCGUGAAGUAUAUAUUCUCUGAGAAGAACAGCACGCUUUUGUUCCCUAAGCAGACUCAGUUGGAGAAGCCAAGGAUAUCAUUGAAACAAAUAAGAAUGCACCGCCAGUCUCCUGGUAGCCCUGAAGACAGCCACCAGAAGCGAGGGCGCAACUCGAAGGAUGACCACAUCACCUCGCAAACGGAUGAUAAGUCUGAUCUCACUGCGUCUGGCCAAACUGAUGUCAGCGGGAGAGCUGAUGCAAUACCUUUAUUUGAUCCAGAAAAUCCAGAAAUAUUAACACAGGAAUGGAUUGACAAUAUAGAUCAUCUCGGUUUUAUAUACAAUUGGUCGGAUACAGUGAAAGCCUUUUACAUGCAAAAGAGGCUAACUGGAAUAGCCAAAGAUUGGCUCUCCUCAAUACGUCACAGUGACAGUUUGACCUGGCCCGAAUGGAAAGACAAAUUAUUAGAAGCCUUUCCUCCUCGGAGAGUAAGCUACGUGGAUCUUUUGCAUUGGAGGUCGAAAAUGAUAAUAGAAGAUAAAAGUAAAAUAAAAACGAACAGUGUGCACGAGAUGAAUGCGAAAAGAGCAUACGCUUGUCUCAUUGAAGGUUGGCCUUUACGAAUGAAGACUCCAGCUCAUUGGGGCCACUACGACAAAGGGUACGAGACGCACCACUCUUUACAUCCUAAUUACUUAUACCUUGCAGAUAGAGUAGACCCUCGAAAUAACACUCCGCAGAUUCGACCGAUAAAUUUGAAUAAAGCUGAUCAUACAUUCGGCAUGAACAGGUAUGAUGCGAUCAGUCCAGGUGAAGAGAGGAGAGGAGCCUGUUGUUGCAAUGAUGAUAAGGCUUGUGAGAUAAGUCGUUGUUCAACAAUCAGGCAAAAUGAAAUGAGACCAUCAUGUAUCAUUCAACGCAAUCAAAUACCCCUAGACAGAAGCUGGCAUCAGCCAUGCUCUACAUUAACGUCUAGCUCCUCCUCGCCGUCGAUUGCAAACCCGGCAACGGAUUACUCCAAUGAUCAGGUAAAUAAUAUAUUUUGUAAUAAAAGCAGGCGAGGCAGGGAAGUACGGCUAAUUGUUAAAUCGUAGCAGCCUAUCUUAGUGGACUCCCCGAAUGGACGUCUGCAGACCUUUAUUCAUUUAGCAGGGCGAUAAUUCUGAAUUCAAUUCUAUAACUGAGGCCAGUUAUCUACAAAAAAGGUAAAUACUUUAAAAAAGGGAGUGUAAAUCAAUGUCAUAUGUAAAAUAGGUACAAUUGUGUAUUUGUAUGAAACUACUUUAUUAGAACGUUAAUUUAUCACCAGCAUUUAGUUCUCCGACAAGUCUGUACUUCAGCUAAUGCUAACACCCUUCAAACGUAGGGUACUUUUCAGUGACACGCUAAUCUUUGACUGCCAACCAACAAGUACGUUUGAUAAAUCACGUGCAGUUGCAAUUUUGGCAAUACCAAUACACAUGAAUUUUAUAUUUUAAGAAAGAUAAAAGAUCCAGCCUUUGUUAUAUGCAAGAUUCAACCAUGUAUAAAAGAAAAAUAAAUAAACAGGGAUCAAAAACCUUGAAUAGGUCGUAUAUUUUUUGCAUGUUUUUUAUAACAUUUUACGAAUAUUACAUAGAAUUAUGCACAACUGAGACAGCAAAUAAGGUACGUUAAAUUAUAUUGUAAGUAACUCAGCAGUUUGUAAGCUUUCAACCUAUAUAUUUGAAUAAUAUGGGAUUUGUACCUAUAGCUUUUUUUAUCAGUCAAAACCUUUGUGACAGAACUUAUGCCCUGACUAAGUAGUAAAAAUUGGUAUUGGAUGACGACCCGUCUGGCCUAGUAGGUAGUGGGCCUGCCUAUGUAGCUGAUGGUCUCAGGUUAAAAAUCCUGGUAAGGGAAUUUAUUCGUGUAUUGAGCAUGAAUAUUUGUUGAUAUUUUCUGUAUACCUAUUUAAGUAUUUUAAAUGUGUAUAAAUUAUAUAUAUCGUUGUCUAAGUACCCACAACACGAGCCUUAUUGAGCUUACCAUGGGACUUGGUGAAUUUGUGUAAUAAUGUCCUAUAAUAUUUAUUAUUAAUCAAUAGCAAUAUUCCUGCCUUGCCUGAUUAACUAGUUAAGUUAGAGUUGGUGUGCAUUCGCUUCCUUUAAUUUAUUUAAAUACCAACAAUUUCUUUGUUUCAGGACUCAGGGGAGCCAAAAAAUUUGACUGUAUGAUAUUAGACUAAAGAAAAGGUUUACGUUACAACACAAUGUUGUGGUACAAACUAAACUAUAUUUUAUACUAUGGGUUACCUACCCGUAUGGGUAGUAGCCAUAAACGCUACACAUAAAAUGAUUACUUACGAAUUUUCGUUAAGUCGAUCAACAUUACCCGGUUUGAAAACAUACUGGCUCUAUCAAAUAGCUACUAAAUACUUAAAUUAUAUCAUUCAUAAUAAUUGGGAUGCCUUUUCCAAACGAGACAAUACGACGACGAUAUUCUUAACUCUUCACACCUUUUACCACUUAAUGGAUAUAAAAAUCCUUCAGUCAUUAGAUAUAAGUUAGGGAAAUCGUAUUUACGUUUCAAUUUGUAUAGUUUAAUAUUGUAAGAUUUGUAAGUACAUAGUGAAAAGUUCCAGUACUUCCAGUACUUAGUAGUCAUUGAAAGGUCCGUUACAAUAGAUCGACUGCCGCAUGGGGCUUGUGCAGAAAUCACGCCAGGUUUUUUUGGGUUAUUUUUUGACCCCCCUCCCUUGGUGAUAUUUCUUGAGGUUCUUGGCUACCCCUCCUCCUCCACAUAACCUCACGUAUAUUUUUUGAAACUUUUUUCAUACGACCUCAUUUUAAGAUAAAUAUUAAUAAUAGUAUUAUAUUGUAUAUAGUAUAAACCUUGUUUAUUUUUGUUUUCGUUUUGAAUGUGAUGAAAUUUUCGUAAAAUAGACUCGCUAUUUUUGAAGUGAGAAGUGAACAUUCUUGUUUAACGAAACUAAGAAAAAGUAUCUACUCUAGUAUCUACUCUAGUUUUAUUUAGUUUCAUAGUUUCGUUCACUGUAGAAAAAUAUACGUGAGGUUUCUUUAUACCCCCCUCCCCCAACGUAAGUCGUAAUUUUUUCAUGAAUUAACCUUAAGCAGUGUCCAGACCACACAAUUUUCACACAAUCUAAUUGUGACCGAUCAAAUUAGGAGGUACGGACGCAAAAAUGCCACUUACGACGCUUGUAAAAUGCUAGUAUGCGCGUUUGGAAACAUUUUUAAGGAUCCGUACGUCAAAAAAAGGGGGCUUGUGCGAGUCGGACUCGCCCAUGAAGGGUUCCGUACCAUAUAUGACGUUUUAAAAAACAACUACUUACUAGAUCUCGUUCAGUUCAAACCAAUUUUCGGUGGAAGUUUGCAUGCUAAUGUAUAUCAUAUAUAUUUUUUUAGAAUUUUCAUUCUAUUAUUUUAGAAGUUACAGGGGGGGGGGGGGGGGCACAUUUUUUUACUUUGGAAGUGUCUCUCGCGCAAACUAUUCAGUUUAGAAAAAAAUGAUAUUAGAAACCUAAAUAUCAUUUUUAAAGACCUAUCCAUAGAUACCCCACACGUAUGGGUUUGAUGAAAAAAGAUUUUUUGAGUUUCAGUUCUAAGUAUGGGGAACCCCGAAUAUUUAUUGUUUUUUUUUUCUAUUUUUGUGUACAAAUCUUAAUGCGGUUCAUAGAAUACAUCUACUUACCAAGUUUGAACAGUAUAACUCUUAUAGUUUCGUAAAAAAGUGGCUGUGACAUAAACGGAGAGACAGACGGACAAUGAACAUGACGAAUCUAUAAGGGUUCAGUUUUUUGCGUAGAGCUGAAGGCCCGGAGCGUCCAACCUGUGCAUGAUUCGUGAAAAUUUCACAAUGUAGGUAUCUUACACAGUGGCCUCGAACAAAAGCAUUCGUAAAAUAUCUGUGAACAAUUCGGUAUUUAAUUAUUUUUAUUACAACUUGUUAUAAUCCCACGUAUUUUAGAUUUGUAUGAAUUAAGUAAAAUCUGUUAAAUGACAUCACUUCUUUCUGACUGAUGCUUGCUGAAAUAUAAGCCACCGCGCCAUAACACUUUCCGUUACAUCUUGUUUAUGAUGACCCGAAUGGGUCGGAUUCGGGUUCUUCAAAACAUUUCACUCACGUUUCACUUUUUUUUUAAUCUGUGUGAGUUCGGGUGGGGACCGUAUGAACUACAACGUCAUUUGAUACAAUGAUAAGCCCCAUGGCAACAAUUCAUAAAAGUGAUGCUAAGUUUCGAAAAAAAUGUAAAAAAAUUAGAAUUAGAAGAAAGCACGUAAAAAAGUACCACUUCCGGUUACAAAAAAAAGUGAAAUUCACGUCAUUUGAUACGAAGAUGAGAGUGGUGGCAACAGAUAGGGUUUUAUAUGUAGCUUCAGAAUCCACUCGUCUGCCAGUUCCUAUAUGGCCGGAAGUGCGUCUGCCGGCCACUUUAAAGGUACUAAAAAGAGUGGAGUGGCCCAGCAGACGCACUUUCGGCCAUUUAGGAGCUGGCAGACGAGUAUUUUCUGAAGCUACAGCUACAGCUUAGCCGGGUUUUUAAUUUCAAGCGCUUGUUUACCGCCUUAAAUAUGAAAUUGGUGAUUGAAUUUUGUACGUGUGGACGCUAGAUUUAGUUUGUAAUCAAAUUGUCCCGUCUUGACACCCGCUUAGUUAUGCCCGAUGUGAACACAUCUAAUCCAGCACUGGAUCGCAUUGGAAUAAUGUGGGCCGGCACUGGAAUAUAUUCAUUCCAGGUUGCAU